ACGAAUCUUCCCCUGGCCUGCCCAUGGACGAGCUACGCCGCCGCUAUCACCAAGACGGCUACCUCUUCCUCAAGGGCCUGCUGCCGCGACAAGACGUCCUCGCCGCCCGCCAAGCCUACUUUGAGAUGCUCGCUCCCAGCGGCGUGCUGAAGCCCAACACAGCGCCCGUCGAUGGCAUCUUCGACGCCGCCAGAGACGCCGCCGACUUCCCUGGCAUUGGCGCGGGAGCGUCGCCCAACAACGGGAAGCCCGGCGGCACCACGGCCUCGACGUUUGUCGACCUCGUCCUGCAAGCCCACUAUGCAGACUGGUACAAAGAGACGUUUUGCAAGCACCCGCUGCUCAAGGACUUUGUCGCCCGCAUCACGGGCUGGGCCGACAACACCGUCGCCGUGCGCAGGAGCCUCUUGCGCAACAACACGCCCGGCAACAAGGCCAUUGGCGUGCACUACGACCAGAUCUUCCUACGCCACGGCGAGCCCACUUCUGUCACUGCUUGGGUCCCCAUGGGCGACAUCAGUCUAACUGGCGGCGGCCUCAUCUACCUGGAAAACGGCCACACACUCGGCCGCGAGGUCGAACAAGACUUCACUCGCAAAGCCGCCGAAAGCGGGCUGAGCGACGAGGAAACACGCAACGCCUUCAACCAGAACAUGCUAUCCACAGGGCUGCUGGCCGACGGCCCAAGAGAGUACGCCCAAACCUUUGGCCGCAGAUGGCUGGUAACCAGCUACGAAGCCGGCGACGUGGUGCUGCACAAUCCCUUUGCAAUCCACGCAUCGACUAUCAAUUACGAUCCUAACAACGUCAUUCGCGUGGGCACUGACUUGCGCUUUGUCGAUGGAAGUAAGCCGUGGGAUAAGCGGUGGGAUAAGCUGUAUGAAUUCAACGACGGAGUGUGAAGCUGUGUUGUAGAGACUGGUGGGCGGGUGGGUAGAGGGAGGAGUGGAGAGAGAGAGA